AUGGUAUUAUAUAAAACCUAUGCUGCUUUUUUGGAAGAGCACGCAGUGGAUCCUGAUAAAAGGCGCUAUGCGAUUAGUGUUGAAGCGCCCCGGCAUUAUAUAGACGUUGACAGGUAUGGAGUGUAUCCCUACGAUUCAUUGCCACGAAAAUGGAGUGAUGCCGUUAAACGCUAUACCGCUGAUACACUACACGCUCAUGGUAUUGUUCCCUGGUGGAUACAAACCAUGCUUGGCAGGUUAACGCAGGCUUUUGCAGAAAAGAACCAGGCCCGCAUACUGAAGUAUUCAGCUGAACUCGGUCAUUACAUCGCUGAUUCGCAUGUGCCGCUCCAUGCCAGUAGUAACCAUAACGGUCAGUACACCGAUCAAAAAGGAAUACAUGGCUUCUGGGAAAGCCGGAUACCGGAAUUACUGGCUGAUACCGAAUGGGAUUUCUUUAUUGGCAAAGCAGGAUACAUCAGCCACCCGGGUGAAUAUAUCUGGCAACGUGUGUUGGAAAGUGCUGCUGCUUCUGAUACCGUUCUGACUUUUGAAAAAAAAUUAUCAAGAUCAUUUCCAGCCGACAGGCGAUAUGCGUUUGAAGAACGCAAUGCUAUUACCACGCGGCAAUAUUCAUCCGCCUAUACACUGAGAUAUAAUGACCUGCUGAAAGGCAUGGUAGAAAGAAGAAUGAGGCUAUCCAUUUAUACCGUCGCUUCCUUUUGGUAUACUGCCUGGGUCAAUGCGGGUAAGCCUGAUCUUGGUUCACUGGCUCAGAAAGAAUUUUCACCCGAUGAUCUCCGCGAAUUUGAACAACUCAAUGCUGCAUGGCAGAAAAAUGGCGCUGUUAAUGGACAUGAACACGAUUGA